CUUCUCUCACUCCCCAUCUCUAGGGUUAAACUGUGAGAUUUGGAGCAACAAAAGUAACAAAUCAUGGCAACACUUCAAGACAUUGGUGUAUCAGCAGGGAUAAACAUCCUCACUGCAUUCAUUUUCUUCAUAGUCUUUGCUUUUUUAAGACUUCAGCCAUUCAACGACAGAGUUUACUUCUCCAAAUGGUACCUCAAGGGGUUAAGAAGCAGCCCUGCAAGUGGCGGCGGAUUCGCGGGGCGGUUUGUGAAUUUGGACUUGAGAUCAUACCUCAAGUUCUUGCAUUGGAUGCCUGAAGCUCUCAAGAUGCCUGAGCGUGAGCUGAUUGAUCAUGCUGGUUUAGACUCUGUUGUCUAUCUCCGGAUUUACUGGCUCGGGCUUAAGAUUUUUGCUCCAAUAGCAAUGCUUGCUUGGGCAGUUCUUGUACCGGUUAAUUGGACGAACAAUGAGUUGGAGUUGGCUAAGCAUUUAAAGAAUGUUACUUCAAGUGAUAUCGACAAGCUAACAAUUUCAAAUAUCCCAGAGUCUUCACAUAGGUUUUGGGCUCACAUCGUAAUGGCUUACGCCUUCACAAUCUGGACUUGUUAUAUGCUGAUGAAGGAGUAUGAGACGGUUGCUAACAUGAGGCUUCAGUUUGUUGCCACAGAAGCCCGUCGACCUGACCAGUUUACUGUUCUUGUUAGGAAUGUACCUCCGGACCCCGACGAAACUGUGAGUGAGCUUGUGGAGCAUUUUUUCCUAGUCAAUCACCCUGAUAACUACCUCACACAUCAGGUUGUAUACAACGCAAACAAGCUCGCCGAUUUGGUUAGUAAAAAGAAGAAGCUGCAGAAUUGGCUUGACUAUUAUCAGCUCAAAUACACUAGAAAUAACUCUCAGACCAGACCUAUUACGAAGCUUGGUUGCCUUGGCUUGUGUGGACAAAAAGUUGACGCAAUCGAACAUUACAUUGCUGAAGUUGAUAAAACAUCAAAAGAGAUUGCUGAAGAGAGGGAGAAUGUGGUGAAUGAUCAAAAGUCAAUCAUGCCAGCAUCUUUUGUCUCCUUCAAAACCCGUUGGGCUGCUGCUGUUUGCGCUCAGACCACACAGACCCGAAACCCAACCGAAUGGCUAACCGAAUGGGCUGCAGAGCCUCGUGAUGUGUAUUGGCCAAACCUUGCGAUUCCAUAUGUUUCUUUGACUGUAAGAAAUUUGGUUAUGAAUGUAGCCUUCUUCUUCCUUACCUUCUUUUUCAUCAUCCCUAUCGCGUUUGUACAAUCUCUUGCUACCGUUGAGGGAAUUGAGAAAGUUGCGCCAUUCUUGAAGUUCAUUAUCGAAGAUAAAUUCGUAAAAUCGCUGAUACAAGGUCUGCUAGCCGGUAUUGUGCUGAAGCUUUUCCUCAUCUUUCUGCCAGGCAUACUGAUGACCAUGUCCAAAUUUGAAGGCUUUACUUCAGUUUCAUCCUUAGAAAGACGAUCCGCGUCUAGAUAUUACAUCUUUAACUUAGUGAACGUCUUUCUUGGAAAUGUUAUCGCUGGAGCUGCGUUUGAGCAGCUUAACUCUUUCCUCAAUCAGUCGCCUAAUCAAAUCCCUAAGACAAUUGGCAUGGCGAUACCAAUGAAAGCAACCUUCUUUAUCACAUAUAUAAUGGUUGAUGGUUGGGCAGGAGUUGCAGGAGAGAUUCUUAUGUUAAAACCUCUCAUUAUAUACCAUCUCAAAAACGCACUCUUGGUGAAAACAGAGAAAGACAGAGAGGAAGCAAUGAACCCGGGAAGCAUCGGUUUCAACACUGGAGAGCCUCAGAUACAGCUUUACUUCCUUCUCGGUCUUGUCUAUGCUCCCGUGACACCAAUGCUUCUUCCUUUUAUCUUAAUCUUCUUUGCGCUUGCUUACGUCGUAUAUCGCCAUCAGAUCAUAAAUGUGUAUAAUCAAGAGUAUGAGAGCGCUGCUGCGUUUUGGCCAGAUGUUCAUGGACGGGUUAUAACGGCAUUGAUCAUAUCUCAGUUGCUUCUGAUGGGUUUGAUAGGUACAAAACAUGCCGCUUUAGCUGCACCGUUUCUCAUCGCUCUUCCCGUGAUUACCAUCAGUUUCCACCGCUUCUGUAAAGGCCGUUAUGAACCCGCCUUUAUCCGAUACCCCUUACAGGAAGCUAUGAUGAAAGAUACAUUGGAAAGAGCAAGAGAGCCAAAUCUGAACCUGAAAGGUUACUUGCAAGACGCUUAUAUUCAUCCGGUUUUCAAAGGCGGUGAUGACGACGACGAUGGUGACAUGGUCCGAAAAUUGGAGAAUGAAGUCAUCAUAGUGCCAACAAAACGCCAAUCGCGGAGGAACACUCCCGCGCCAAGCAGAAUCAGUGGUGAAUCGUCUCCAUCUUUGGCCGUUAUUAACGGUAAAGAAGUCUAGUUUAACUGUUUCAGUAAAAGCACCUGCAUACG